GGGAGUGGGAAGAUAAUGUUGCAAUUACUGAUACAAUUUCCUGGCAAUGGGUGAGGCAAGCAUGAGUAGGCUAACUACGAAUGUCAGUUAGGACUGAAAUUUUAUUCUGUGGCAGGAUAUAUACGUGUCUCAAUGGCUGCAUCAGAUUGGAAAAGUAAAUGCAAACUGGAAUGGAGUCUGGGAGAUGAUAUUCCGAUGCCGGACACCGUCGACUGGAAAACAAUCUACGAGAAGAAACCGUUUGGUCGGAACUUGCUGAAGAACCCUACGCCUUUCGGUCUGACUCACAGCAUCGCGCCUCCUGAGCAUGAGCUGGCCGGAAUGUUUGGGGCGGAGCCACCGCGCUUUGAACCAGAAGGUGACUUCAACAGCUGGAGGAUCAGUACAGAGGUCCUUCCAUAUGACAGUAGCGAGAUUCCUCCUGGUGCUGUUAUCUGUCAUAUGCCUCAGUUCAGCUGGUUUUCCCUGGAGCAGACGGUGGAUCUGAAGGGGGAGGGGUUCUGGGAGGAGCUGCUGGAUAAUUUCCAGCCUGAUAUCUCUGUCCAAGACUGGUAUGAGGAGACCCAGUUACACAAGUUCAUCUAUCAGCUGCAUGUGAGGCUGCUGGGGGUCAGUGGGGAGACUGUGAUCCAGGAGCACACUAUCUGCCCAGAAGAGGACACCAGCUCCUUUUCACACAUGUGGAAAAAGGUGUCCCACGUGUUCUCCAACUAUGGUCCCGGGGUACGGCACAUUCACAUCCUGCACAAGCUGAAGAACAUGAACAUGAUUGAUUUCCAUGCUACACGAGUCACAGACAGCACAGUCAUGGUCAAGGCCACCAGGUCCACUCUACACUGACCAAAAUGAAGAUUGCUGAUAUGAGUCUUCACCAAAGAAAAGACCCUGUCAAAUUAUAACUUUUCCUUUCAUCUAUUUGAUUCAUGAGAUUACUGACUGAAUUAUAUUUUCGAGACUUAAUUAAAAGAUCAGAACUUUUUCCUUCCA